GGUCCCCCAGUGAGAAGGAGCCAGAGGGGCCAGGCAGAACCCAGGCUGCAGCACCUCCCUAAGCCUCAGCAGACUCCUUUCUCUCUCCCUGGGAGCGCGUAUCCAGAUCCACAUCUUUGCUCAAGCCGAAGUGGAAGAAGAGAGAGAGAGAGAGAGAGAGACACAUAGACCAAAAAAAAAAAAAAGAACCAACACCACCCAAAAAAAAAAGCCCACACUUAGCGGAAACUUGUCAGAGAAUGCUCCUAAAGUCUGGUUUUCUCCUGCUGCUGGUGAUCAGGGCGUCUGCAUCCUAUGAAGCUGAACAGAAUGACUCUGUGAGCCCCAGGAAACCCAGGGUCGCAGCCCAGAACUCAGCAGAGGUGGUUCGCUGCCUGAACAGUGCCCUCCAGGUGGGCUGUGGGGCCUUCGCCUGCCUGGAGAACUCCACGUGUGACACAGAUGGCAUGUACGACAUCUGCAAAUCCUUCCUGUACAGUGCUGCUAAAUUUGACACUCAGGGAAAAGCUUUUGUGAAAGAAAGCUUGAAAUGCAUUGCAAAUGGGGUCACGUCCAAGGUGUUCCUCGCCAUCCGGAGGUGCUCCACUUUCCAAAGAAUGAUCUCCGAAGUGCAAGAGGAGUGCUACAGCAAGCUGGACAUGUGCGGCAUCGCCAAGCGAAAUCCUGAAGCCAUCACGGAGGUCGUCCAGCUUCCGAAUCAGUUCUCAAACCGGUAUUACAACAAGCUGGUGAGAAGCUUGUUGGAGUGCGAUGAAGAGACUGUCAGCACCAUCAAGGACAGCUUGAUGGAGAAGAUUGGGCCCAACAUGGCAAGCCUUUUCCACCUGCUGCAGACAGAUCACUGCGCCCAAGGCCACCCGCGUGCCGACUUCACCAGGAGGCGGAUCUCCGAGCCACAGAAGCUAAAACUCUACUUCAGGAACCUCCGAGGUGAGGGUUCCAUCCCAGCCCACGCGAAGCGUAGCUCGGCUGAAAGCUCAUAAUGUCAUGGGGGGAGCGACCAUGGGUGUGUAAGGGAUGCUAAGCACUACCAAAGCUGAAGUCUCUCUUCUAGAAGAGUAAUGCACCCAAACCAAGUGUACUGUAGCUAGUUUUAAUAACACCUAGGAACCGGUUUUAGAUUUAGUCAUUAAUAUUUUCUAUUCCUCUCGAACAAAACACUUUUGCAUGGGUCUGUGUUCAGUGUCUCAGCUUUCCCGCCGUCAAAACGUCUCCACCUCUUUUCUUCCCCACAAAAAGAUACCCCAAAUGAUCUUAGUCUUAAAUAGAACCUUACAGUAGUCAGGCCUUCAGACACCAAACGCGAAACGUACUGUAGCGCUAACACCGUUGAGGUCUGAAGAUUUGGCACCGAGGAGAAUAGCUCAUUCUCUCUUGUAUUAAGCUGGUAGGCGACGAUAGAUGCACUAAUAACUAUUGCACAUCCUAACGAUGUCAAUGGAAUUCGUGUUAUGAAUCUGUGCUGGCCAUGGACGAAUAUGAAUGUCAUAUUCCUGGUCUCUUAGUGUCAUACAGUCCUAAUCCUUCCAAUACAGCUCCGUUAACCCGUCAAUUUACCAAACCCGCUAGCUGGAGGGGAGUCUAGUUACCGUAAGCUGGCACCACGGUGCAAAGUGAGUUAAAACAACCACCCCGACACACACCAAAUCAGGAAAGGAACAUUUUGUACUACGGAAAUGAUGAAAAGAGGUGCCAGUCUAUGGUUGAAGCUAGUCAGAAGGUUGCGUAAUCCUGCGUUGUAUUUAAAAGCUAACAUCUAUGUACUGUAUUUAAUUGUCUAAAGCUUUAAAUGAAAUCUAACAAAAACAAACCCUGUCUUAAGACUAGAGUAUUAAAGGUCUUGCUCUAACUGUGGUAUAAAUAGUUUUAAAGAUCUGUCAUGUACUGUACAUAAAUUCCACCGAAGUCUGCUUAAAAGGAGCAGAAUAUAAUAACUUUAUUGCAUAAACUUAGUUUUGUAAGUUAGCUAUUUCAUUUUUUUUUCCUGGAAACAAUAUCUCUGUCGUAUUCAAGAGUUCACAUUCUACUCUGUGGCCUUUUUACAAUGGAAGAGAGAUGAUGGUUAGGAUAGAAAUUAUUAAGACAGGGCCAGAAACAAGCCUCUCUUCUACGAGGUAUUCAAAACCAAGUUGGAUGAGGCUUUGAGCAACCUGAUCCAGUGGGAGGUGUCCCUGCCCAUGGCAGAGUGUUGGAACCGGAUGGGCUUUAAGGUCCCUUCCAACUCAAACCAUUCCAUGAUUCUCAUAGUUAGAAAGAAUAAAGGAAAGAGUUCAGGCUGGCCAGUCCGAUCUCCACAGCACUGCCGUGAGAGACGUGGGCCUACCCGAGGCACGACUGCUGCUUCUGGAGAGCUCUCAGAUGGCUGACAAAGAGCUGCUUUGGGAUCUCAGCUGCCACAGGGUAAAAAUGCCUUCAGAAAGCUGAUUUCUGGAGCAAGGCAGGAAAAAUCUCCUUAAAUUCUCUCACGAGUAAAGCGAUGUGCGUGCCUUGAAGAGGCCACAUGUAACGAUGCUCUCAGCUCUGCCUUUCCUCCCAUCCACCUCUGGGGCAGGCUCUGGGGACAGGAGUGGAGCAGCAGGUCGUGCUGCGGUAGCUGCGCUCUGCACAGUAGCCCAGCUCGGCUUCGUUGAGCCAAAUAAAGCCACAUCGAGGCACGCGAUCAACGAGGCCAGUUCCACGCUCCAAAUCUAUCCUCCUAGAGUCCGUUUGCAGAGUGGAUGCCUCUUGCUCAACUAAAGAGCUGAGAAAGGAGGGAUCUAUUUUUCUUUUUCAAAAUCUAAAGCAAUAUAACUCUUUUUUUUCUUUUUUUUUUUUAAACCACAAAGCCUUUAAACAAUAACUUGCUGCUAAUAUAUUGAAACCAGAUGCAGUGGCAGCAUUUCUAAUAUUGCUGUCUUCAUUAAAUGUAGCCCAAAAGUGCUGUCAUAAAAUUGUAAGCAGCAAAAAAUGUUGCUGACGGUAGAGGGUUGUUAUUUUCUUUCUUAUUUUUAAUACUCUGAACCGUGCCGUCCAGGGCAAGCGAGAUGCAAUAUUGCUCGUUCUUAAAUUGCAGUCAGGUCUAUAGAGUCCAACACAAAGAAGUUCUGCAAGGUGAAAACCAAAGGCUCCGUGAAUAUCCUGACCCUAAAAGUUUGUCUGAUGCCUGGGGACUGAUCCCAGAGCUGUGCUUACGUGAUCACGCGCCCUUUGGCUCGCGCUGCGCCCUUAGGAGACAGAGAUGACUAAGUAGGGUUUGUGCACCAAGUGGAUGUUGUUAUUUUGGGGAAGAGCUUCAGAAAGGUCUUCACCUGGCUUGAGGCAGCGUCCAACAAUGGUUUGGAUGACCCAGCUCAAGGUUGUGUGCAACAGCCCUUGGGUUGGGUUGCCAAGGUCUCCCAUGGGGACCCACAGAGCUCACUGAGCAGCCACCACUUCCCGUUGCGACAACGAGUGGCUCCUCUGUUGCUCUGUGCAUCCGUUGCUCUGAAACCCCAAAGAAGGUUUAUAAAGUUGAUUUAGAUCAACUUUGGGUUAGAAUACCCUGAACCCUGUCUUUCUGGGGCUGUGAUAAUGAACUUUCUCUUUCCAGUAGGAAUUUAAACUUGUCAUCCCCUUAAUACGAGUGGGAAGAUGACAGAGAAAAUAAUUCCCCCCGAUUCAAUUUGCUCUGGUAUCGUGGGUAACCAUCACCCAUGUGAACCAAAAAGGCUGCCUCUCCACCCCGGCGCUGCUGCUGGGCACUCACUGGAUGCCCCGUGUCGGAGAGAGAGCCUCAACUACAUCAUGAGACUUUUGAGCUGCUUUAAUAUGUCACUUUUUUUUAUCCAAUGCUGAAGCUGCAAGAUCACAAUCCAUGAAAUCAAAAGGCCUGGGGUUCACCUUGCCUAACUUUUGCCGUCUAACCUAAGCUGGUCGUCUAAAACCCAAGGAGGUGGACAUGGAGAUGGGCAAGAUGCUUCCCAUCCACUGGGAAGGAUGGUUGGUUUUAGAUGGUUUGGCUUAGGGGAGAGAGAUCCCCCCGGGGAUGGGGAAUGAGUCUCAAUAUUAAGUCCAGUUAUUUCACGGUUUAUUUAAUCUCUAAUGCUUUAUUUUUUUAAUCUUCAUUGCAAAAUGAUUUCUCUUGGGGGCGGGGAGGGGCUUCUCUAGAAAUGUUUGCAUGAUUCUCAUUGUGAUUUGUUUGCACUUUAGAUGUUUUGUGCCAUUAUAAAUUUGCAUUAUGUAUUUAUAAUUUAAAGAUACUUAGGAGGGGGAGAGUUUGGGUUUUUUUGUUUUUUUUUUUUUUGCUGAGUACUGGAAUAAACAGUGAGCAUAUCUGGUAUAUGUCAUUAUUUAUUGUUUAAAUUACAUUUUUAAAGCUCAGUGUGUUCAUAUAAAGGUUAUUUGAAACAUAUCAUAGUAAUGAGAAAGAUGCAAGUUAUUUUCUUUGCUUAUUUUUAUAAUUAAAGAUGCAUAACAUAAUGAGGCCUAUGUUGGAUUUUCUUCUGCAACGAAAUAAAAUGUCAAAUUUA